AUGUCGAAAGUCAUACGUGGGGUGAAGAAUGUCACCAAGGGGUAUUCCUCGGUGCAAGUCAAAGUUCGAAAUGCUACGAGCAAUGACCCAUGGGGCCCAACAGGGACAGAAAUGAGUGAAAUCUCUCAAAUGACAUUCAACAACUCGACCGAUUUUUACGAAAUCAUGGAUAUGCUGGACAAGCGCUUGAACGACAAGGGAAAGAAUUGGAGACACGUGCUCAAAUCCCUCAAGGUCUUGGAUUACUGUCUACAUGAAGGCUCCGAGCUGGUCGUUACCUGGGCCCGCAACAACAUCUUCAUUGUCAAGACACUGCGCGAGUUUCAGCACAUUGAUGAGGAUGGCAGAGAUGUGGGACAAAACGUGCGAAUUUCGGCCAAGGAAUUGACUUCGCUCAUUCAGGACGAGGAACGAUUGCGCAAAGAACGCCUUGACCGAAAGUCGUGGAAAUCUCGAGUAACUGGAAUCGAAGAGUACGGUCCUCAUGGAUAUGGAGAUCGCCCUUCUUCAUCCUCUGCGGGGGCUUCUUCGCGUCGGGCUGAUACGCGUAACCGCCGGCGAGAGGAAGAAGAUGCCGAGUAUCGACUCGCGAUUGAGGCCAGCAAAUACGAGGCUGAAGAGGAUCGAAAGCGACGAGCGAAUGCAACCAAGGGCGGCGAGGACGACGAGGACUUGGCAAAAGCUAUCAAGCUCAGCAAAGAAGAGGAAGAAUUGCGGAAGAGAGAGUUGGAGGAGAGCAACGCGGCGUCUCUGUUUGAUGAUGCUCCGGCUGCCAACGCUCAGCCACAGUUUACCGGCUACAAUCAAGGCUAUCAGCAACAGGGAGCUGUGGACUGGUUUGGCAACCCAGUUGACGCGCAACCCCAGCAGGCCCAAUCGACUGGUUUCCUUAACCAGGCCUAUUCGCAGCCGACCGGCGCAUUUGGCAGCCAGGCAACUGGGUUCCAAACUCAGCCGACGGGUUAUCAGAAUGGAUUCUCAAAUGGUUUCCAGCCGCAGGGCACUGGCUUCGACCAGUCUUUUGGUGGUCAGGCCAACACUCUGCAGCCCCAAACCACUGCGUUUAUGGGCAACAUGAACAAUCCCUACGCGCAACAGCCGACUGGCUUUGGCGGUGCCCAGACGCAACCUCAGCAGCAGCAGCAGCAGCAGCAGCAGCAACAACAAAUGUCUAACGCUGCCACUGGAUUUGCCCAAUCGGGCAGCAACAACCCUUGGGCCACUGAGCCGCAGCAGCAGCUGGAUGCAUUGAAGCCUUUACCCACCGGGUCGAACAACCCCUUUGGUUCGUCGUUUAGCCGACCUCAACCCCAGAACACGUCGACGGCGCCAUCGCUCAACACGCUUCACGAGCAAAAAGCGCAGACACAGUUUAGCAAUUUCAACCCGCCCCAUUCGUUUUCUACUCCGAGCAGCCCACCGCCUCAGCAACUGCAGCAACAACAGAAGUUGGCAAACCCUCAACACGCACAUCUCAAUGCUCUCUUGGCCUCUGGCGAAGGCCAAGAUACGUUUGGCAACACGGGCAAUCUGCGUAUCCCUGCCCAGCACACGGCGCCGGGCACCUUUGUCAACUCUGCCGGUCAAGGUCUCGACCGUCUCCACUCCUCUCAAACUGGUGGCAACAACCCAUUCUUUACCCAGCAGUUUACUGGAAUGCCUCAGCAGGCGGGCCAUCCCGGUAGCGGAUUUGGUCAAACGUCCCAGGCACCGCUGAUGCCGGCACAGACUGGUCCCGCCGGCAUGGGCAUGGGCUUUGGAGGAAGUCCAUUUGGCGGUGGAGCAGGAAACAGUAAUCCGUAUGGACAGCAGCGGCAAGCCCAGCCCGGAAGUCUGAUUGAUUUCUAG